GCAGGACACUCGUCAGUCAGGUUAAAAGAGUCGCAGGCGCCACACCGACAUCCAACCCAAGGAUUAUGAAGAGCCAGCAGCAAGAAGGUUGGAAUGUGCCCGCGUCGCGCGUUGCCCGCGACACACACAACCCCAUCAGAUCAAUCGUAGAGAACCUCAAUCUCAACCCCAACCCGGACAAGCCGAUGAUUGCUCUUUCUAUUGGUGACCCAACUGUGUUUGGAAAUUUAAGUCCUCCGGCUGAAGUUAUCAAUGCUCUUUGCGAAAGCGUGGAAUCUCUUAAGUAUAAUGGAUACGCACCUAGUGUUGGCUAUGAAGAAGCGCGUCAAGCCGUGGCCGAAUACUCAUCGGUUGGAAACCUGGAAAUUACCGCCAAGGACGUGAUCCUCUGCAGUGGUUGCUCCUGUUCCCUUGACCUUUGCAUUACGGUGCUGGCGAACCCUGGGCAAAAUAUUCUGGUGCCACGACCUGGUUUUUCAAUUUACCGCACCUUGGCUGAAGGGCUGGGCGUGCAGGUCAAGUACUACGACCUCCUGCCUGAGAAGCAGUGGGAGGCUGAUCUCGCUCAGUUGGAGGAAGCAAUUGACACAAGGACCGCAGCGAUCAUAGUAAAUAACCCUUCCAACCCUUGUGGUUCUGUAUAUUCAAGGGAACACCUUUCAGCCAUUGUUGAAAUUGCAGAGCAAAAUCGCGUUCCAAUUAUAGCUGACGAGAUUUAUGAACAUUUUGUAUUCAAAGGACACGAGUUUGUGCCGCUCGCGUUGCUCUCCAAGAAUGUUCCCAUUUUGUCUUGCAGUGGUCUCACCAAGAGGUUUUUAGUUCCUGGUUGGCGCAUGGGGUGGAUAAUCAUUCACGACAAAAACAGUGUCUUUGAGAAGGAGAUCAAAAGUGGCCUGCAAAGGUUGAGCCAGCGCAUUAUCGGAAGCAACACUAUCGUCCAAGGAGCCUUACCAGUAAUUCUUUCUACGACUCCCCAAGAUUUCUUUGAAAGUACUGUCCAACACGUUGAGAAAAAUGCCAAACUAGCGUUUGCGGCCCUAAAGUCCAUUGACGGUUUGACACCUGUGAUGCCGCAGGGAGCAAUGUACAUGAUGGUUGGACUGGAUUUGGCCAAAUUUUCUCUUUUCCCAACUGAAAUCCAGUUUGUGGAGCAGCUUGUUACUGAGGAAUCCGUGUUUUGCCUCCCCGGCAAAUGCUUUGACUAUCCCGGUUACAUCCGUCUCGUUUUGACUGUCCCGACCGAAAUCAUGAUCGAGGCUUGCAACCGCAUCGGACAAUUCUGCGAGCGUCACUUGCACCUACCUUUGGAAGUGGAAGCGCAGAUGAACAGCCUGGAGAAGCACAUCAGUAUGGACCAAUCUAGCAAUGACCUGUGCAACGUUCUGCCGGUGCCAUCUGUGCCUGUCUCACUUGGCGAGGAUCGCCGACCCUGAAAUUUAAAAAAGGCGUCUCAAAUUCAGUACCUUUUGCCAUUGGCAUAAAUUGAAAGCCUAUGGUUUUUGCUCAUAAAAGAGCUGCCACAGCAGAAUACAGGCGAGAUUAAAAGUGUGAUAUUACUAAUUAGGGUGCACACGUCUAUUACUUAACUACAAGGUUUUUCCGAUUUUGCAUUUAAAAAGUGUACUUGAGAGGUAUCCAACUCGUAUUAUCAUUUCUUUGAGGUUACUGAAGAUAAUAGUAUUGGUAUAAAGCAGCUAGGGGUUGCAAAAAACGCAUUUUUGUAAAAAAAUGCAGUGCACUCGUAAAAACCGUUAUAUUCUUGAUUUUUGUCAAUUUCGUGAGUGUAUAUACCUGUCAGAAGAAACAUAAAUUUAUAGUGCAAUAUUUUACUCAUUUCGUAAAUUUUUAUAAAUUUUAUUUGACUGCGAAACAUUAAUUAUCGUGUUAAAUUUGUUAAAACCCAUCUAAUUGCAGGACUAUUGCAUAUAACAUUAAUAAGGUGUUGAAUAUACAGUAUAUAAAAGGCAUAUUAAAAAAUCAUUACUUGCGAUUCAUGCGCAAGAAACUGGUGAAAACCAGUGGUGAAAAAACUGGGUGAUAAGAAAAUGCAACCCUGGUAUAAAGUGAAAAAUUCAAGUUGCUCAAGCUGAAUCAAAGUUUCAAAUUUACUCUUAGUAUCAUAUUAUAAUAUAUGGGAUAUUAUAUGAUGUUAUGUUAAGCUUAUUGUUAGUUCAGCAGAUUAGUCUGGAUAGGUCGAGGAUUAAAUCAAUUGAAAAGGGUGUGUUUGAGCCCAUAGAUGUAUUAUUUAAUCAUUUAUCACGGGCAAACACUUUAAUUCACGAUGAAAAUAAUUAUUGUAAUAGUAAAUUAAAUUAAUUUAAAAAGUGACUACGA